AAUCAAUGUAAUGUUAGAUGAUAGAUAAGUGGGCAUCGUGCUUCCCUACCACCAUCCACCGCGCUAGUCGACCAACUUCUGCUGACCAUUCUAAAACUUUCCACUUUCCGGUGCCUGACCCACAUUUUAUUACUUCUAAAAGCCCCUGUCCUGUCCUGUCUCCCCAACCGAAAGGUACAACCGAUCGAUCAUAAAAGUUAAAAAAUCACUUUCAACAAGAGGAGCAAGGAAAAAAUAAACCUGAAGGAAACAAUAACAUUACUCUCUCCUUUCUUCAAUUCUUAAGCAAAAACUGAAACAAAAAAGAAACACAACCCAUCAACCACACAUGACUGAUCAGAAAAACAACCAAAAACAGAGGAGACUCUGUGAUUAUUGUAACCAACCCAAAGCUCUUUUAUAUUGCAGAGCUGACUCCGCCAAGCUUUGUUUUUCAUGCGACAGGGAAGUUCACUCUGCCAACCAACUAUUUUCCAGGCACUCUCGGUCACAGCUGUGUGACUCCUGUGACAAUUCCCCUGCUUCGAUCUUUUGCGAAACAGAGCAAUCUGUUUUUUGCUCAAAUUGUGAUUGGGAAAGCCACAGGUUUUCUUCAUAUUCCUUGCAUGAUAGGAGGCCUUUAGAAGGGUUUACUGGGUGUCCUUCGGUGAGUGAGUUGGUUACUUUUUUUGGGAUUGAGCAUUUGGGUAAUAAAGCUCCGUUUUCGAGUGAAGAGAAAGUUGGCUGUGGAGGUGGUGGUGAAGAUGAUGGGUUGCUGGAUUUGAUGAGUUGGGAAACUCCUGUGAUUUCUGGCUUUGAUGAUUUGAUUGAUUCGAGUGAUUUCGAUCAUGGGUUUAAUCCUACGGAUGUUCCUCCUCUGCCUAAGAAUCGUAAUGCUUCUUGUGGACAACAUAAGGAGGAGAUACUUCAUCAACUACGUGAACUGGCAAACUCUGAACCCACCCUCAGCUUUGAAAAGAAUGAUGUUGAAGCCAUUAUUGGAUUCCAUUCACUGAUACCUGAAACUGAUAAUUUGCAGCCAGGAAGUGUGCAUACAAGUUGCAAAUAUGAUGCAUAUCCAAUUUCAUUUCCUGCUUGUGAGUCAAGUCCACCACCAUGCUUCAGUGAUAAUGUUGAGAUGGGCAAUCAAGUAUUUCUACCUUUUUCACAAUUAAGAGGCUGUACUGAGGAAAGUGCUAUGGUUCCUGACAAACGUCUAGACUCUAGUAGGACUAUCCAUGUGAAUGAUAGUCUUGAAGACGAACAACAACAUCAAAUUGCUGCUGGAACCUCAUCAACACUUCCAAGGUUUGCUGUCCAUGAGUUAAAUAGCCAGGAGAGAGUCUCUGCAAUCUCGCGCUACAAGGAGAAAAAGAAAACAAGGAGAUAUGAUAAGCACAUCAGGUAUGAAUCAAGAAAGGUUCGAGCUGAAAGCAGGACAAGAAUUAAGGGUCGUUUUGCAAAGGUGGAAGAUUGAGAUUCUGGUAAACAAUUGCGAGACUGGAAUUGCUAUAACUUUGUCAUAUUUGUUAACUAGAAAACGUUUUCCUUUUGUUCUUUUAUGUAUACAGGUUCUUACUUGUAAAUUAUGAAAUUUUCAAAUAGUGUUUAGCUUUUCUACCUGAAUCGUAAAACCUAUAUCAGUGGACAUCACAAA